ACACUCACAUCGGAACAAAUAGAAUAAUAAAAAAAAAUUGUUCACUCCAUUUCUCGACCGCAAGGGAAAAACCAAAAAAACAUACAAAUUUGUUGUCAUAUUUUCAGCUUAUCCUCAUUUUACAAAGUUUAUACCCCCUAAAAAUAAAAAUGGACCCAUUGAGCCUGGGAAAACAGAACAGCGCGGUUGUGUUGGAGACUCUUCAAGUCAUGAACCGUCCGGCCACAGUGGGUGAAGUGUCAAAACGAGUAUCAGAUCUGUAUAAAAUUCCAAUGGAUCGCAUCCAGCCGUUGGUACGAGAUUUACUUGCAUUGGGUGAGAUUCAUGGCUUCUUUAUUCGUCGGAAUCAAUGGUACUCCAUCAAUGAGGUUGUAAUUUCCGACCUGCGCAAGGAAAUAAAUAGCUACGUAGAGCACAUUCUGAAAGAAAAUGUUAGCGCCCCAGCCAUAGGCAAGUCGACUUGUUCAAGUCAAUCACCACUUAUGAUGCGACUUGGGCUAAUGGAUCAGCAUAUAUUGUCGCCCCGAUUCCGGAACAUUUAUUCGCUGGCUUGUGAUGGAGCUCAUGCUGCCAGCGAGGUCCUAUAGGUGUCUAUCCCGCUUGGUCACAUGGCAGAUAUUGCACCAACGCAUUGAUACACGGUGCUUACAAUCCAAAUUUCUGAAGUGUUUUUCUAUAUGUAUGUGUAUUUAUGCGGUGCAAUAAAGUAGCCCACGUUUCCUGCAGCUGGUGGCAAUGAAGCUAA